AGCCCUUACCAAUCAUUGCAAGAAACAGACAGAAGAAAAGAACACCCACCGGAGAUUCGGCCGAAGACACAAGUCCUCCUCUUCAAUGGCGAACCGCUCGUUUCCCUCCACCGCCCUUCUCGCGGUCUGCGUCGUCGUCGUAGCGGCCCUCGCUCUGGUCUCGGUCGCAGAAGCAGGCGGUCUCGACGAGGGGCAGCUGGGGUGGGCCCUGGGAUCGCGGUGCAGCGGGUCGAUAGCGGAGUGCCUGGGAGCAGAGGAGGAGUUUGAGAUGGACACGGAGUCGAACCGGAGGAUACUGGCGACGAGCAACUACAUAAGCUACGGGGCUCUGCAGAGGAACACGGUGCCGUGCUCCCAGCGUGGCGCCUCCUACUACAACUGCCGGCCGGGGGCCCAGUCCAACCCUUACUCCCGCGGCUGCAGCAAUAUCGCCAGGUGCCGCAGCUAAUUCAAUUCAGCUCACUGCCAUCAAUCUCCUCUCUCCAUCUCUCUCUCUGUUUUUUUUUUUGGAGAUUAUUUUAUUUUAUAGGGAGGGAAAUUUGAAAUUUGGGGUGUGAAUGAAAUGACAAUGGGGGUCUACCCCCGUCGGUGGUGGUGUCGUCGGAAAAUACGAGGUGGUGGUGUUGUAAUGGGAUGCAUCUGCACAAGUCUUCCUUGUCUACUUGCUUCUUCUCUCUUGUGAUUAUACAUUAACAUUACAUGGUUUCUUUCAAA